AUGUUACCUGCUGUAAAAGCACAGUGUGUGUUUGUGUGUGUGUGUGUGUGUAUUUGUACAUCUGUGUGAAGAUAAAGGGGCCUUCCAGUGCUUCGUUGGACUCACACUCCAACUGACCAGACCGUAGACUGACAUCGUCGCAGAACAGUGAAUCAUCAAAAAGCCAAGAUGUGUUGCUCCGGUUUUCUUAAGAUAAUGAUGUUCAUCUUCAACGGAGGCAUCUUUUUGGCAGGUGCCGCCAUCCUUGGUAUGGGAAUAUGGGUAAAACUGGACAUAGAUUCUCUCCUGGGCUUAUUAGGAGAUGUGGGAGAUUCCGAAGCUCAAAUGAGUAAACUGGUCAGUGUCAGCUACGUGCUCAUUGCUGUGGGUGCUGUGCUGUUGGUCAUUGGCUUCCUGGGCUGCUGUGGAGCUAUCAAAGAGAGCAGGUGUAUGCUGCUGACGUUUUUCAGUAUCGUGUUGAUUAUCUUCAUCAUCGAGAUUGCUGGAGCUGUGGUCCUGCUUGUCUUCCGUGGUUUGGCUGAUGACAUCUUGGAUCAGGUGGGAGAUACAGUCAAAUCUGCCAUUAAAACCAAAUAUGGACUGGAAAAUGAUUUCACCAGUCUCUGGGACAGCACCAUGCAACAGUUUGAAUGCUGUGGAUAUACUAACUACACAGACUUUACUGAUUCCCCGUUCAAUAAAAAUGGAAAUUAUCCAGCUGCAUGUUGUCUUGACCCAUUCAACGGCACUUUAUGUGAUCAGCGGAAAGCAGACAAGGCGGACGUCGACGGCUGCUACGACAUGCUGCUGGCAUUUAUUCAGGAGAAUUCUGUGAUCAUUGCAGCAGUGGCUCUUGGUAUUCUUGCACUUGAGAUCGCUGCUAUGGUGGUAUCAAUGAUUCUCUACAAUAACAUCGGCAGAAAGGCCUGAGACAGCGUCUCCACUCUGGGACAACACAACAAAACGGAAUCAUCUUAGAGUAAAUAAUCGUUAGCACAUGUCAGUGUGUAAAGUUAUUAUUUCUGUGGGUUCGAACAGUCGGAGAACUCCAAAAAAUGGGCACGUAGAGCAAUGACUCCAGCGACACAGACAGUCUGUCGUAUUCAACCCCAGACUCCACACAUUUACAUUUGGAUUUACUGUAUCAAUGUUUAAAAAAGGGCUAUGGAAGUGCAACGUGCUGACUGAUACGAUCUACCCUACAUGUGUCAUAACGCACCAGUCUUCAUGUGUCAUUUGUAUUUAUCUUAUCAAUUACUGAAAUUAAAAGUCCUUUUUCACACUUGA